AUGAAAUUAUUGAGAAUACAAUCUAUCUAUCUAUCUAUCUAUCUAUCUAUCUAUCUAUCUGAGUCCUUUCAUUUCUAUCUAUCGGAGUCUUUUCAUUUCAAACUAUCUGAAUUUUCUCGCUUCUAUCUAUCUAUCUAUCUGAUCUUUUCAUAUCUAUCUAUCUAUCUAUCUAUCUAUCUAUCUAUCUAUCUGAGUUUUUCAUAUCUAUCUAUCUAUCUGAGUUUUCUCAAUUCUAUCUAUCUGAGUCUUUUCAUUUCUAUCUAUCUAUCUAUCUAUGAGAAGUCUUUUCAUUUCUAUCUAUCUAUCUAUCUAUCCAUCUAUCUAUCUACACUCACAUAUCUUUUACGUCUGUUCAUAUCUAUCUUCUAUCUAUCUAUCUAUCUAUCUAUCUAUCUAUCUAUCUGUGUGAUUCGCACAGGUGUUCCCUAUUUCUCUAACCGGACGAUACGGGAACAUGUCCAUUAUCAUAUCUAUCUAUCUAUCUAUCUAUCUAUCUAUCUAUCUCAGUUUUCUCUUCUAUCUAUCUAUCUAUCUAUCUCAUUCUGUUCGCAGAUAAAUCUAUCUAUCUAUCUAUCUCAGUUUUCUCUUCUUUCUAUCGAUUUAUCUAUCUAUCUAUCUACCUAUCUAUCGAUCUAUCUAUCUGAUUAUAUUCAUAUCUAUCUGACCAUGUUCAUAUCUAUCAACCUGAUUAUGUUCAUAUCUAUCUAUCUAUCUAUCUAUCUAUCUAUCUAUCUAUCUAUCUCAUCCUGUUCAUAUCUAUCUAUCUAUCUCAGUCUGUUCAUAUCUAACUAUAUAUCUAUCUUAUUUGUUCUGUCUUUCUUUCUCUUACCGUCUUUAUCUCCUUCUCUUUUGACUUUUUUCACCUCUCUCUCUCUCUCUCUCUCUCUCUCUCUCUUUCUACGAACGAACAUAUUUAUGUUCGAAUCUAUCUAUCUUCGUAUCUAUCCUUAUUCUGUUCAUAUCUAUCUAUCUAUCUAUCUAUCUAUCUAUCUAUCUAUCUAUCUAUCUCAUCCUGUUAAUAUCUAUCUAUCUAUCUCAUCUGUUAUCUUUCUAUCUCAGUCUGUUCAUAUCUAUCUAUCUAUCUAUCUAUCUAUCUAUCUAUCUAUCUAUCUAUCUAUCUCAUCCCGUUCAUAUCUAUCUAUCUAUCUCAGUCUGUUCAUAUCUAACUAUAUAUCUAUCUUAGUCUGUUCAUAUCUAUCUCAGUCUGUUCAUAUCUAUCUAUCUAUCUAUCUAUCUAUCUAUCUAUCUAUCUAUCUAUCUAUCUAUCUCAUCCUGUUCAUAUCUAUCUAUCUCAGUCUGUUUAUAUCUAACUAUAUAUCUAUCUUAGUCUGUUCAUAUCUAUCUAUCUCAGUCUGUUCAUAUCUAUCUAUCUAUCUAUCUAUCUCAUCCUGUUCAUAUCUAUCUAUCUAUCUCAGUCUGUUCAUAUCUAACUAUAUAUCUAUCUUAGUCUGUUCAUAUCUUUCUAUCUCGGUCUGUUCAUAUCUAUCUAUCUAUCUAUCUAUCUAUCUAUCUAUCUAUCUAUCUAUCUAUCUAUCUCAUCCUGUUCAUAUCUAUCUAUCUAUCUCAUCUGUUCAUCUCUAUCUAUCUCAGUCUGUUCAUAUCUAUCUAUCUAUCUAUCUAUCUAUCUCAUCCUGUUCAUAUCUAUCUAUCUAUCUCAUCCUGUUCAUAUCUAUCUAUCUAUCUAUCUAUCUAUCUAUCUAUCUAUCUAUCUAUCUCAGUCUGUUCAUAUCUAACUAUAUAUCUAUCUUAGUCUGUUCCUAUCUAUCUAUCUCAAUUGCACUCACGAACAAGAAACACCGUAAACCCAAUUUCUUCGUUACGAGCAUCACAAGUAUCUAUUGA